ACUUGUUCUGAAUUUUUGUGGAGAAGUUGAAGUUUUUGAUUGAUUGUUUGGUUGGUAGAUCUGUUGUAAUGGUGAUAUAAUGAGAACCCUUUUUGGGUUUUGAUCUAAUUGGUAACCUGCAUUUUGGGUUGGAUUUAAAAGCUUGGAAAAAGACCCAAUUUUUACAGCAUUUGGGAUGGAUGCUAUCUUAUGUGUUUAUUCAGAAUUGAAGGGUGGUUUCAGUAUGGGAAAAAAAUUGUUUUUCUUUUUCUUUAAUUUCUCAGCGUGAAAUGGCGACUUUUUGUGCAGUCUAAUGGUUGGAUUAGAAGUAUUAUCUUGGAAAGUUUCAAGGAGAAAGCCAAAGCUAAUUGGCUAUUUGGUGUUUCUUGUUCUCUGUUGCUAGUUAGUUUAGUAGAUGUUGCUGAGAUGGUGUCCAAUUUUGUGUUUCAAUAUGCAAAAAGGCAUUUCUUCAAGAUCAAAAUAUGUAUGUUAAGAUCUACUUGACACUGUGCAGGAUUUUUUUUACUAGAUAUUCGGUUAAGAUCCCUAAUCAUUCUGUUAUCUGCUAAAUUCGGUUAGUAUUGUUUUACAAAAAAUGUGAAAUUGUUUGCAUUCCAAAAUGACAGUAUACCAAGCAAAUGUGAGUUCCCUUGUGUUCUUUAUGUCCUUUGCUCAUGUCAAAUUUUGGUAUUGUGUGUUUGUACUUGUACCAAAGGGUCUGGCUCCAUGCUGUAGUCCUAAUGCUCUAUUCAAUUUGGCAUAACGAGUUGGGUUUGUGGCAGGACCAUAACUGCUAUUCUUACUUAUUUUAUGUUAAAAUGAUCUUGUGUACCAUUUUAAUCAAGUUCCCCUGCACUCGAGUGGUACAUUUUUCCCUACUAUUACUUCGACUAAAUUGGCUACUUGUGUCAUUUGCCUAGGAUUAAUACGUUAGGAGUUCUUGGAAUAAAGGAUGGAGAUGCAGAUUGGAAGAGUAGGGAACAUCAUAAAAUGGAAUUGUUUCCUCCAUAAAGUUGUGUUGUGUCCUUUGCUUUGCUUGCCUUUGUAUAGUUUUGAGGCCUGAUGGAAUUUGGUGCCAAGAUGGUGGCUCAGGGUUUCACAGUUGAUUUAAACAAACCUCUUGUCUUCCAGGUAGGUCAUCUUGGAGAAUCUUAUCAGGAGUGGGUUCACCAGCCUAUAGUUAGCAAGGAAGGUCCCCGAUUUUUUGGAAGUGACUUUUGGGAGUUUUUAACCCGCACAGAAUGGUGGGUAAUCCCCCUUGUUUGGCUCCCAGUUGUAUGUUGGUUUGUUUCAAAGUCAAUUGUGAUGGGUCAUACACUUCCUCAAAUAGCUCUGACGGUGGUAACUGGAAUCGGUGUAUGGACUUUGCUAGAAUACACUCUACAUCGUUUCCUUUUCCACAUCAAGACGAAAAGUUAUUGGGGAAAUACCAUGCAUUAUCUUCUUCAUGGUUGCCAUCAUAAGCACCCCAUGGAUGGUCUGCGCCUUGUCUUCCCUCCUGCUGCAACUGCUGUGCUGUGCUUCCCUUUCUACAACUUAAUAAAACUCAUUUCUACUCCUUCUACUGCUCCUGCUUUGUUUGGAGGUGGUUUACUGGGUUAUGUGAUGUAUGAUGUAACCCAUUAUUACUUGCACCAUGGGCAGCCUACAAGUGAAGUGCCAAAAAACCUCAAGAAGUAUCAUUUGAAUCAUCACUUUCGUAUCCAAAAUAAAGGCUUUGGUAUCACUUCCUCGUUAUGGGAUAAGGUCUUUGGAACACUACCAACCUCAGUGCCAGCUGAGAAGAGCAGAUAGUUUGAUGUGUAAUAACUUAGUAUUCGGCCAAAUAUUUCGUUCUCCAAAUAUUCUUUUUUAUGCUAUUAUAUAUAUGCAGAAUAGGAGUUUUCUAAGAAAAGUAGCAGAUUUUGGUUUAAGGGAGGCAAUGUAGAAAGUUAAACCAAGUCUUAUUUAAUUAUUUAGUUCAGCGUCCAAAAUUGGUGUGACGUCCGAGUCAUAUUUAGUCUCCUUGGGCUUAUGUCGAUUAAAGUGUCCAAGUCCAAUUGUAUUCUCUUCUCCUUGAUUGAUUCGGUGUCCAGUGUUUGAGGAAGCGGGCGGUGGAUAUUUGAGGAAUAAAUUUGAGAGUUUGCCUCCUGAAACUUGUAUUUUCCUACUCAUGUACCAUUACAUUUCGUCUU